UUUCCAUGGAUACUUUCUACCACAGAACGACUCGAAACACAUUGCUUAGUUCACUGCUAUCACUUCUAAGUUUACCAUCGCAACAAAGGCUGAAGCUCCUCGUGGUAAAGAUGCUAUCUAAAGAGACUGAAGUUCACUGCCAGGCUCAAAUGCAGGCUACAGAGGCUUUCCAAACAUUGAAAGAGUUCUGUCAUCAGAUGCAAACCCAGCUGCAACACCAAGACCAGGAGUUCAAAGUCCUCAUUGAUGUCAAGGACCACAGAUAUAAGAAAGUGCUCUUGGCUCUGAAGGAGUGCGAUGCAAAACUAGAGGCUCGGUGUCACACCUUCACAGAGCUAAUGCAGAAGGCUGAGAAACGCAUUGACAAACUACAGGAGAAUAUUGAAGUUUUGACUGCACAGCUACGCUGGUCUAAGAAAGACCAUGAAAAGUCCAUGGAAGAGAAAGAUGCGAUAAUUCAGAGGCUUCAUGAAGAGGUAAAAACAACUCAGACUGGCUGGGACAAGUACAUCAGUCAUGUAUCCACAGAGAUGGUUGUCAAGAAAACUGAGAUGAUCAACCUGCACGACAGAGAAUUCAAGCUUAGAGAUGAGCUGGAUAGGGGCAGGGAGGAGAUAGAGAGGUGAGAAAACAGGAAAAGGUAAACAUCUUUAAUUUGGUGAAAGGAUAAACUGAAAAACAAAAGCAUGAAAGGAUUUGCUAUUAUCUUGAAUAUGAGAUACAUGACCUGGUCUGAGUUAUUUUGGGUAAAUAGUCUUUAAAUGGUCUGUAUUUAGUGCAUAUAGCGCUUUUCUAGUCUUGAUGACCACUUAAAGAGUCUUACAGUACAGUUUUACAUUCACCCACUCACAUACACAUUCAUACAGUGCAUCUAUGGGGAGCAUUUUUUCUAUGAGAAAAGCCAACUCACACUUUAAAAUGUCUGUUUUGUGCUGGUUUGGAGAAUGAAAGAAAUUUACAACAGAUAAAAGUCCAGGUGGAGCUGGAGUGGCAGAGACACUGUGAGGACAUGAAGGCCAAAUUCAUCCUUGCCAAGCAGAAGCUGAUACAGGAACUAACGCACUCUAGAGAUCAGGAUUUCAUACCAAGAGUUGAACUUCUAGCAUCUGAAGAGAUCUGCCAUUUGAAGGAACAGAACAGCAUCCUGCGGGCUGCAUUUACUCAGAUGAGGAAGGACAUGGAGUGUCUCAACCAUCCUCUGUUCGACUCCCAGGCCCAGCCACAGGCAGCCUAUCCUCAGCCAGUUCAGCUUCCAGGAUCCCCUGCUGCUACAUCCAUCACUGCAACAUCUAACACUGAGAUAGCAACUAGACUAUCUCCCCAUUGCACCAACCUCUCUUCAAAAGUCAGGAAUAUAUUCUGUGAGCUGCAUCCAAAUUGUUUAAUAUUUAAUCUUAUCAUCCUUCCAGAAUGCACUGGUAGAACAGCUUCAAGAGAAAAAAUUGUAGUAUUCAAAGGCCUCAUGUUUGUUUAAAAUGUCCAGGGUACAAGAGGCAACCGUCCUCUUCUGCAUACCAGGUUGAAGCAGGCAGCAUUGUGUAUCGCCCAUCUGAUCAGCGAGAAGCAGCAGCUAAUAGAGAUGGGCAACUACCUUCGUUCACAGAUUACCAAUGCUGGACUACAAGGUAACGGUAAGCUGAGCAGGAGGGAGACAGUCUGGUGUGGUGGUGCUUAAGUCCAGAUGAGGGUGCAUGGUGUCGGUGCUCCCUUUCAUAGCCAUUCACUAACUGAUGUCCAGCACAGGAUGAACCCUGGUCAUGUCCUUCUCAGCCUGUGACAGCAGUAAAGCAUACUCCAAGGAUCUUGAGUAGCAUAAUUACACUUUGAGAUAAAACUCAAAAAUCAUAAUAUAUUUAUAUUCUUAUAGCUGCUAUCAUCAUCAGAGCUCCCAUGACUGAGCAAUUGACUUCAAUUUGAAAAUAAACCUAUAGGCUCCUAUUUUCAAAUGUAAGUAUUUUUGGGGCAAAUAUUUUGUUUUACUGUCUUUUGAUAAAAAAAUAUUCAAAACAUUAUUGCAAGACUUGUUCUUCAGAUUGUAUUGUUUACUUGAUUGACACAUACACAUACAAAUCUAAGAGUAACGCUGCAGUAAAAUGUGCUAAUAUCUGACUUAAAGGUAUACUGUGCAUGAAUAAUAAUGAUAGUAUAGUAUAAUAGUAUAAUCAUCGUAAUAAUUAUAUUAUUAUGAAUGUUAGAAGUCCAUUUUUUCCUGUGUAGACAGGGAUGCUAGACUUAGAGCCUACAUGUGGAUGAGGACAUAGAUAGGCCCUUUGCAAUAUUUACAGUUGCAAGGGCGGCAUGUGGUAGCAUAUCAGCCCAUUACUGGCAGCUUGAAUACAAUAAAUUAAAAGGAUGUUAGUUCAGUAGAGGGAAUAAAAUGUGAGAGUAUCAGCGACCCUUUGCUGGGCUGCCUAAAUUAGCUCAAACAAGCUUCAUUAGAUGGGUAAUGGAAUUACUUUCAAUGAAACAUUGGCUGCAAAAUGAAUUUCUCUCAAAGACAUGAUCUGUGAAAUGUACUUCUGCUAAAGAAUAUGAGACAAGAAAUAAAUUUCAGAAAGAAGAGCUAUAUAUGUUAAAUUCAAAUAUUAUACUUGGUGAUCAUUGUGUUUAUCAUUAUUUAUCAUUUUUUUGACAUAACAAACUGAUAAAGAAGGCUGGCUCCGUCAUUGGCUGAAAACCAUAUUUGUUCAAGUGGUGUUGAAGAGGGAGGCACUGAACAAACUGUUAUCCAUCAUGGACAAUGCCAUGCACCUUCUCCACCACUUAGUGGACAGACAGCAGAGAACUUUCUCCAACAGACUGGUUCAGGUUCGGGUUCCGCACGGACAGAUACAAGAACAUUUCCUGCCUAAAACAAUAGACCAUAACAUUUUUCACCUCUGUCAAAAGGUGAACCCUCAAAACCAUUGCCCUAUAGUUUAAGUCCACACCAAAACUCCUGCAAUAACUGAAUACAUUUUGUGCAUAUCUUAUAUGUAUAUUUUACUGCACAUUUUAUGUUCAUAUUUAUUCAUAUUUAUUAAUUUUAGUCAUGUUCCUACCUUUAACUUUGCAAAUAACUGCUGCAAAUUUGCAUGCUCGUCGCUUUUGUCAUAUUUUGUUCUUUGCUCUAUGUGCAAUGACCUUUACAUGCUGCUGUAACACAAUAAUUCCUUAAUUUGGGAUCAAUAAAAUCCCUCCAUCUGUC